AUGCGUAAAGUACUCCUCCCCAAGGUAUGCAAAUCUCAUUUCACCGCAGUACCCCACAAAAUACACCAACUGGAGAAGCAGCCGGGGAUAUUCGAAAAAUUAAUACACAUAGGCAAGUACCACAUUGAGAAGGAAGAACUGAAUGAGGGGGAGGAAAAAGACGGGUUACGUACUAAAUUGAUGAAUAGGCAAAUUCUAAAUAAAUACACAGAAUGUAUAAAGGCAGAUUACAACAGGUUGAAAAAGGAGUUAGCGAAUGGGAAGGAAAAUUACGUCAAAGGAAGGUACCAGGAGUACCUAUUCGACUGUAUACAGAAUAAUGAAUACUCCGACGUAAUUAUAGCAGAUGUCAUUUACGAAAAGGAGAAAAAGAUUCUUUGUGUAGGAGAAGGGAAUUUAUCUUUUAGUACUUUACUGCAGAAGGAAUUGCGUCCAUGUCAAGUAGUCGCCACUUCAAUGGAAAGCCCAAAUGUGUUGCAAAGGAACUAUGGGAGCAUUUUUUCGAAGAAUUUAAAAAUAUUAGAAUCGUGUGGAGGUAUCUAUGUUCCUGAAGUUGAUGUGGAAAAAAUUGGAGAGCAUUUUCUGCACAACACAUUUGACGUUAUCAUUUUUAACUUCCCAUUCGUACUUCCAUCAGAUGACUUCAUACAAACCAAAUGGAAUAUACAGAAGGAAAAGCUUCACAGUGACAGGAACAUCUUUCUCAAGUAUUACAAAAAAUCUGAAUACCUUCUACUCAACAAGAUACUUUAUUGGCUAUUUAAAAAUGGUUCUCUACUGCUUAAGGACGGUGGCUUUCUACACCUUCGCCUCAAUGAUAAGUACUUAACAUGCGACUUUGCCAACACGUUCUCCUUAUCUCUUGUGGAGAAAAUUGAUUUCUCUGCUUCCUAUUUCAUUUAUAAAUCACUGAGGUAUGUCCCUAGCAUGAUGAAUGCCUCCUGUGGAUCUUCCUCGAAGGGCCCUCAGAACUGGACAAAAAAUGUUAUGUUCACCCCCCAGGGGAAGGUCUUCAGGAGCUUCAAGAUGGGCCACACCUCCACGUUGGUCUUUCAGAAGGGGCGGAGCGACCGACUCGACCAAAGCGACGGGAGCAAUGAUCGAGACCAUAGCAACGAUCGCGACGAUAGCAGCGAUCACGACGGAAGCAAUGAUCGCGACGGAAGCAAUGAUCGAGACGAUAGCAACGAUCUCGGCGGAUAG